CCUGCAAAAACACAAACAAGAUUGAGCCCCAGUGAUGCUCCAAUAAACAAUUAAGACAUGUAUAUGCAAGCAGCUCUACUUCCAGAAUGAUUCACAUAAAUCAAGGAGACUCUCCUCCUGCUCUGAAACUAAGAUUCAUUUAGGACACGAUGACGGUGACGGUGACGAUUACCUGAAACACCGCCGUCGCAUCCGCCCCUUGUAGGAGAGAAAGUCGGCUUCUUUGGGAUAGUGCUUCUCCGUAGGUCCGACGAUUUGUCGAAAUCCAUGGCUGUCGUUACUCUGAUGAUGGCGACACGGUGACGAUUACCUGAAACACCGCCCACAACGAGACGAUUAAUUUCCCAGCAGAUUUGCAGCAACAGUCAAAAUCUCCCACCGACUUUCGCAACCGCAGCGACCUCAUGUAUUCAAACCAUUUGUGUUGAUUCAGUCUCCGCUCUCGUCGUCGGCCCAAUCUUUGUCGAUUCCACAGCCUCAGCAAUGAAUAUGAAGGGAGACGAAAUCGAAUCGAAGAGACACAUGAUGAUUGUGCUCCUGAUGGUGACGUCCCUCGACUGGAUCGGCUGGUUCCCGUUCUUUCUCUACGACACUGAGUUUAUGGGUUGCGAGGGCGGCGCCGCCCUGGGAGUCUGCGUCGGAGCGUUGCGCCCUGGGAGUCUGCGUCUGAGGAAGUAUACGUCGCCGGCCGGCAACGGGAGGAGCCUGAGAAGGACAUUAGUGGUGGGGAUCGUCGGUGGAAGGCUCGUGUGGAGGCAUUGAUCGGCGCCGGAACAAAGAAGGAAAGAGAGGCGGAGGAGAAAAGGUAGGCGAAGACGGAGGAAAAACCCAGAUCGGGGAAGGGAAAAUUGGGGCAUCGGAAAUUAGUGGAGGAGAAGAUUUUGAUUUUAUUUUGUUUUUAUAUUAAUUUACCUUUUUGUCCUUAAUAAUUGUUGUUGGUACCGUAACAACAUACGGACUGUUGUUAUACUAUCUUUUCCCUUUUAUAUCGGCUGCUCCACACGACAGGUUUCCUCCAAUUCGUCCAUUUCAUUUCUCUCACAAAUGUCCAUAUAUUUCUCCUGUGACCUGCCAAUUUAAUUUACAGAAUCUCUAUGUUUAUGUCGAUCAUCAAAACAAGAGAGUAUUCAAAGCUUCUGGUUGCUAUCUAUAUUCAUGGACACGGAUAGUUAGCCAAAUGAUAGAAAGGGAGUAAAUUGUGUCUAUGGGA